GAAACAAUCUUUGUUUGUGUUCGUACUUAGCUAUUGAAAUGAAUGAACAAAUGAAUAGAUUAUUCACAUAUCUGAAGCAGUACAUGUUUGAUUAAUUGCCCAAAAAUUGAAAAUAACUAAAUUAAGAAUAACUAAACCAAUUGCCCAAAGAAAAAAAUUACCCAAAUUUCUUGAAAAAUGCCACUAAGUGACAAUUUUGAAGACCUCUUGACAUCCGAGGCUAUAUUUGAAAACCAGGAACAAAUCGGCCCAGAGGAAGCUGUCGAAAGAGAAGAACUAGAGUGUAAUUUAUACGAAAAUGUGAACUUGAGAAAACCGUUGCAGUUGGGACUCUUUUACGACAAACUAGGCCAGGCAUUUACAAGUAAACUUGUUUUUACAAAAGUGGCUUUAUACCCCUUUUUUGGGGUUUAUUUGAACGUUCCUGGUCACAUGUAUGCGGCAUUGACCUCGAUUUUGCCGAUGUUUUGGAGUCUGAAGUUCUUCUGGGGUUUUUUGAGCGAUUCGAAGCCAAUCUUUGGAAGAGGAAGGAUUUACUACAUGGCUCUAGGCUGGUUGAUAUCUGUUCUGGCCUAUACAAUAUCCCUUUUCAUUCCCUACCCUGAGCCCUACUACCAAGUUGCCAAUUGUACCCUGGAUAACACAGUAGUGAACAACCCAGACGCACCCAAUGCAGGCAUGUACUAUGUGGCCAUCAUGGCUGUGGGCGUGUUCGGAGUCGGAAUCACCGAUCUAGCUUCGGAUGCCCUGGUGGUGGAUUAUGUGAAGCGAGAGCCUCUUAAACACCGGGGCAGGAUCAACAUCUUCGCUGCCAUGUGUAACACCUUCGGGGGAGUCCUCUUGCUUCUGGUCAUCGGAGUUCUACUCAACAGCCCCGCAUAUGGUGGCAGGUUCUGUUCGCUCAACUUCACCUUCAGGGACAUACUCAUGAUCCUCCUCUGCAUCUCAGUGUUAGGUUUCUUCAACUCCUCCUUCAUGACCUUCGAGACAGAAACAAAGAAAAUUAAAGUGGACCUAAUGGAAACAGUGCAUAAAUUCUGGAGUUUCAUGCACUACCGGGUGUUCCAGCGUUGUGCGUUGUUGUUCAUCCUAGUGCCAUCUCUCUACAAUGCCAAGACAUCCGCCAACGUCAAGAUCAGGAAGAACUGGGCAAAGGUCGAACCAUUCUACGGAUCCAUGAUUGGAGUGGCCGUGGCCUUGCUGGUCAUAGUGGGGAUGUAUGUACUUCAAAGGUGGUUUCUGCACGUUAGCUGGAAAAAGUUGUACUCAUACACCAAGCUGAUGAUCGUGGGCGUUAGUGUGGUGGUUGAGGGUCUGACUAUUUUCGAUUGGGUGAGGUCCCAGUACUUCUACUUCUCAGAAGAUCUCCUCACCAGUGUCGCCCAGGCCGCCUGUGCAUUCAUCAUGCUACAAUUGGCAGCUGAGGUGUCGGAGAAGGGUCUGGAGGCUCUCACAUUUGGCAUGUUGAUGACCAACUGGACCAUCAGUGCCUGCUUUAGUGUCAUCAUCGGCAACAUCAUAUCAGCCCCAUUCCAAGUUAAUGACGACGAUAGGUAUUUGCGGGACUCACUUGAAGAUAGAUGGGCCGUGUUUGGGUCAGUACUCGCCACCAGCUUCGUCAACAUCCUCGCAAUUCCUUUCUUCGUUCUUCUCUGUCCCUCAGACCGAAGUCAAGUCAAAUCCCUGAAGGAAUCACUCGGUAAAUCGAAACCGCAAGCCCAAAUAUAUGCAGCAACGUUCUGUGUCGGAUACAUGUUUAUAUUUGUAUUCAAUGCCUUGAUCAUGUUCCCACAAACUCAGUGCUAUCAAAUACUUGGUGGAAAAGGCUGCAAAAUAUAAUACAAUUUGAGUAAACUUUCCGAUAUUCUGCUGAAUUUUUAGAUUUCAUAUUGAAAAUUGUUAAU